AUGAACAGAAAAGCCAAUGAAUUUUGCACGCAUUUCUGGUCAACGGAACAGAAAGUAAGAAAAUUUGGGCAGAAUCCUAUGUUUACAAGCGGAUAAUCUCUAGAUUUUCGUCAAAAUAUUCACUUUCGGGUUCAGAAACUCGAUAACUCGGCCGUUUCGUCUCGAAAUAGUUUCACCAGCAGUCCGUCUUCUGCUCGUUCCGAUUCUCCACGCCUUCUCUAUGUCCAGUCCAGCAAUGACUUCAUCUGGAACCAAAUUUGCUCUCUUGCUCCGUUCGUCAAAAUGCCAAAUGGGCCGAAAACGGAGAGAACAGUGCGAAUCGGAUCGAAAAACGAGACGGAAGAGAGGUUAGCGAGACAGUUGCAUAGCUGGAUACGCGAGAAAGCAGUGAUACUCUCGCACACGCCCAAUCCGAAUCAGCAGCACUGUCGGGGGAUUGUAGACGCAGUCGAGUACCGAAAGAAGAGGGUCGAGGUCUGCGAUAUGAUUCAGAAGGCCAACAGUUCUGCCGUUUUCAGGUCACGGUAACUUCGGACUCUGUUCUUCCGAUCUGGGAAGACACCGAUAUCUGGUUAUUUCCCGACGCUCCACUGUAUGAAUCCCCUUACUCUCUGGAGCCAAGCACUUCCUCAACGGAUCCCAGUCCUCUGCCUGAGGAACCGACAGAGAAAGAUCAUCGGCAGAAAGUGGAGCAACCUCCGGACAUUCCCCUGAAAAGUUCAGAAGAGCAGGAAUUCCAGCAGACGGGUGCUUCUGACGAAGAGUCUCUGCAGAAGACUCAGCAAAAACAGGAACAAGUUGAUCAAAAGGAAGUGUUCGAGGGAAUCCACGGCUGGAAAUACGUGGACGGCCAGUUCCGACGAAUGCGACGGAAAUGCGGGGAUAAGUGGAAGAACGUAUAUUUGUCAGAGCUACGAAUGUCACCUGUGGACCCGGCGAAACGGGCUCUGCUGGAGCAAGUGAAAGAGCACACGGUACUUCGGCUCAGUGACGACAUCGACGAGAUUGGAGAGGUGUUCGUGGAGGUGUGCAAGAAGAAUGCAAAUGAGAAUACGGUGCGAUGGAUGCGCUCAUGCAAACUUUGCUCAAUUCAUUUUCCUUCAGAUAUGUCUCGGAGUUACCGGUUUCUCUCGCAAUGACAUCGAUAUGCCCCUUUCCACGUCAACUACCUACUACCUGAGCAUCGACGACGGAGAUGACGACGAGUUGGCGAGCCUGGCCAGCGAGGAAGAAGUCCUUCCCGGGUAUCGACUAGAGCAGAAUGUUGAUGAGCUUUGUGAACGGGUGCGAAAAUUCCCAUAUCUUCGAAAUGAACACAUUUUCCUUCAGCUCGGAACGCUCACAGUCACCGAUGUCUGCGUCAAGACGUGGUUCGCCAAGCCCCACAACAUCGUCUUCCUCCGUCUUGCUGUUUCCUCAACUCGAAGUUCGUUAAAGCACUUCAAAAACUUGCUCGGUCUGCAUGUAAUCAUAAACCAGCCGUUCCGGGACAGAGAUCGGGUGAUGGCAGUAGUGAGCAAAGUGAUGAAGUCGGAUAUGAUUUUGACAGUGAAAGGUUUUCCAAAAGAUGGAGGGCGGUUCGUAGAAAUUACCAAACAACACAAGUUCACGAUUCAAAUCGACCACGACUAUGAAACACGUAUCCAGAGAAUGGGAGGACGCCUGGGAGAGCACGAACGUCUCCGCCGGAGCAUCAACUCUGACUAUGAUUUGAAACUUGUCACGUCGCGCCAAGAUUCGUCGAGGAAAACGUUCGCUUCGUUUCACAGCAAGAACGAAGCGCUCUACUUGAUUCCGUUCGGAACAAAAAUUCUUCUUGGUAAAUGCUGGGAAAUAGAAGGCCCUAUCGAGAAGAAGGCCGAGUUCAUAUUUGCUAUCAGAGUUGAGGAUCGUGACCCGAAAACUGUAAGAAAAGUUGAUUUUCCCCAUCCCAAAUCAUCCGAGUUUUCAGCUCACAUUCGAGAUCAAGUUUACAAAAACACUCGUGAAUAAUGCGCCACAAUUCAAGCUCACUAACGCCUUUUACUUCAUGGAAUUGGACUCCUCUAGUUCGAUCGCCAUUGAUCCAAAGUCUGUCAUCUCUGAUUAUUGAGAAGCCAUUUCAUUUCCAGUUACUCUCUCUACGAUGUGCGCGAUAAGCGUUGCCGAACCGCGGGGAUUCUGGAUACGGCUUCCAAAUCGGUAUCCAUUCAGGAAUACCUCAAAUUCGACGUUAUCGAAUAUCACCCCAAAAUGGCGAGAUCCGAAGUGCCGCAAGAAUCGAGGAACUCCCAUUGUUUAGACAGAACAAAGUUGCCUGAGAUCCAACCGCAAAAGCACCGAUACGUUUGUUUUGUCUUUUUGCAAAGGAAUCUCGCUAUCGGUCAGUGAUUAUCCGGCGGCUCGUCGAAUUGAACCUCGCGAAGUUUCAGAAAACGGUAGCCCGAUGGUGCAGGUGCGAACCGGAUACGACAAAAAUAGCCGGAAGAUCCAGAUGCAGCCGUGGAGCAUAGGGAAACGACUCGUGUUCACCGAAAGCUCGACGCAUCCAGCCAUUCGAUUUAUCGGAGAAGUUCAGGAUACUCUUGGAGUUAGUUGGGAGUCCGCUGCUCUUUUGAGACCUUCUCGUUUCAGGAUACAGCCACGCUGCGUUUCGACAAGAACUUGUCGGACCUCGAAUUCUUCCAGCGAUGCUCCUUCAAAACCGUUUUCCAGUGCUUUGAAGAGAUAUAA